ACGCGCGGCCGUCACAUCUCGUCCCGCCUUCACGCGAUACACUAUACACUGUGACUGUAGACUUGAAAACGUGAACAUGAAACGAUUGUUACUCCUCGCAGCCCUGUGCACCUUCGCCGUGGCCAUGGUCCCUAGGCAGAGGAGGGCGAUGGAAGACAACCAAAGUGCCGCAAGCAUCCAGAAGCCAAUCUGCGAGUCGAAGACUCCGUGCGGCUGGCUUUUCUACAAGGAUAAUAUUGAAUUUAUCCAUGAGAGAUGGGAACGGACUAAUGACUAUUGUAUAUGCGCCACAACUAUGACGUGUCAAGAAGACGAAAACGAUACCAUGGGCAAGGCCAUCAUCAAAAGGUGCAAAGUGCCGGUGCCGGCCCAAGACGAUAAAAAGUCAGACAACACAGAGAGCUAGCGAGCUACGCUUCAAGGAACUUCAAGCUGUUUAUCGACGACAAAGCGUCCGUCCCUUUUUAAAGGACCUAUCUGUGUCAUCCCGUUCAUCAUUGACGUCGGCGACCGGUAUUACUAACUAACUACACAUCUGCAAGUUGCGCAAUGUUGCCAAAAAGUUGGAAUAGUUCUUGGAUAUUUCACAGGAAACAGUGCUUUGUUUCCUAUGAAAUUUCCAACUUUCAUUUUAGAAAAUGUAUCAACAUUUCCUAAACUGCGACAUUCGGUGUUUUUUAUAAAAAAUAACGAAUUGCGCAGUUUUUGAAACUUUCUGACGGCACAUCAGUAAAAUAUGUAAAAUUGCCCUUUCGUUUCACAUUGUCCCAAAAGGAUAUCGGAUUUCGAAGCAAACUUGUCGAAGCCCCCUCAGCUAUCGGACAAUAAUAGUAACGUCUGAUAAAAAAGUUGAUUCGAUAUCGGAGCGGUAAUGUUGAAAGCACUAAGAAUUUUAUCGUAAUAUGUGGUAUGUUGCACACGCAGAAUAGAUUUUUAUCAGACCUUAACCUCUAGCCGCCCAGAGACCUAUAAAAAGGUCUCCUGUCCCAUUCUAAUUUGAACUUUGUGCUGACAAAAUCAAAAUUUAAUUUUCCUUGGCAAGGUUUGACGUAUGGGCGGCUAUAUAGAGGUUAAAAAACAGCUGCUUAUGUCGGAGAUAAAUACUAAUUUUACUUAUCAGUACAGAUGCUAUCAAAGCAUCAUAUUGUAGUUAUACCUAAGACAAAUACGAGUAGUUAGGUCAGGAAAUGAUCCAAGCUUUCAUACUCGAGCUCAAAUGGCGUACAUACUUUUAGGUUAGAGGCGAACUAAAACCGUAAGAAACAAGGAUUUUUAAUAGGUUACCGUAAAAGUAUAAAACUUUGCCCUUUAACAUAACUUUGCCCGCCGCUUCACUUUCUUCAGAAAGUGUAUCUGUAACUACUUUUAAGUUAUUUCGCUUUUACUGAACUGUGACGCAGUGGGCAAAGUUAUGUUUUAUACAUUUACGGUACUAUCUAUUCUCAGCAAAGGGCACUCAAUGUUGCCAGGCCAUAGUUAAUUUGCCAUUUAUUAAGAUUAUUUUACUUUUAGUGCAGUCUUGGAUAUUUUAGCAUUUGACGCCCCUGUAUUCCGCCUUGUUAUUUAUUAAUUUUAUAUUGACAUGAUUAAAUCAGUAAUCACUCACGUGUGACCGCAACUGUCUGAUAUAAAGUUAACCAUUUACAUUUAAAAUAUUUUAAAGCGAAAUGAAAAGUGAUAUUCGACAGGCGAAUGUAAACUCCUUGGCUUUAAAAUAGUAAAUAUUCUGUAACUUAAUCAUAUAUUUAUUAAAAAACGCACAACAGAUACUUUUCUGACACCGAACGGACACCUUUAACAUAAUUUUGGUAUUGUUUCAUUUUUAGCCACAAAAAAAGUAAAAUUGUAUUUAAAUUGUAACGUUAUUGUUUUUAUUUGGUUUUAGUUAUUGUUUUUGCUAUUUCUAUGGACACUGUACAGUAAUGUUGAGCUAUCCUGAAGAUAUCGCUUAAUAAGGAAUACACUACACAUACUUAAUUUAUUUCACGUAAAACACAGUACCUUCUAACGAAAUUCAAGUACAAGUAGUCGAGUACAAUUUUGUACAUUUACAAUUUAAUUUUCACCACACCAGCUCGGAAAGUCUUACUUUGUACUUCAAAAACUGAUAGCAAAGUUGCAUUUUAUUCACAUGUGAGACAAAGUAAUUAAAUGCAAAUUCUGAGUUGUUUUCUCAUGAUUGCUGGUAGAAUUGACUUUUAAAUGAUGAUUUUGGAUGAUAAAUAUUUAAUAACAUUCAUUUGGAUUUGAUUUAGUUUGAUCUUGUCUGAUAUUUUACAUUUAAUAUUUGCUUCGGGUUGGUGUGGUGAAAAAUUUUGUGUUUCACUCGGGGGCAAAUUUUGUUUAACCCUCGUGCUUUGAAACCCUCGCAACGCUCAAGAUUCCAUUUUUCGAACCACUCGCUACGCUCGUGGUUCAAUUUUGGAAUCUUUCGCUUACUCGGAUAUCAAUAUUAGCACGAGCGGUUAAAUAACAACUUUGCCCCUUGUAAAACAAAUAACUAUUCCAAUGGUGUAUAAAUUAAAUAAUAUAUUAAGUAAGAUUUUUCACCAAUCUGUACAAAUAAUAAAAAUAUAAUAAUAGCCAAUGGUUAAACAAGUUAUGUUGCUGUCACUUCCAUACAUUUAGCAUUACUAGAUGGACGUACUACCUAAGAUCUAUUGAUUGUGUAAAGAAAAAACAAAUUCCUAAACGCUGCCAAAACCUUCCUACCUUUUGCUGUCAAAAGUUGACCGACCUUGAAAUUGGCAAGUAAUGUAGAUGGCGCUGUACGGCUUCACACAAUAUCCUGUAACUUUAGUUAUCAUUGUCAAAAGUUGACGUUUAACAUUCAGUGACUUGGUUUUAACCAAGGGGUGCGAAACUCCUGACUUCGGUCAAGCUCGGCUCCGCUCGGCAUAGCAUUGCUCCGAGCAAUUAUUAGGGUUGGCACCACUUGACUUCCUUUUGCGUGCACGACCACAGAUAAAAUAAUCACUUGAUUUUUGUCAACCCUAAAUAGCCGAAAGGGAUAGUGCCAUAUAUUAGAAAGGGACAGCAUGAUUCGACCCUGAACCGCUGUCAAACUUCGUUUUUGUAGGAAGUUUCCUUUCUGUACGGUAGUACUAUUAAUUAUUCUGUGAUAAAACGCAAUACAGCGCCAUCUGUUUCGACUUCAAACUAGGUUUCUUUCUUAGACUUUACCUCUCUGUUACAAUCAAUAUAUCUUUGCUAUUACUCAUUAAUAUUUAGUUUUAGUAUUUUCUUUGGUAAAUGUGUGAUGGAUACAAUGUUUGAUGGUGUGAGUAAUGAUGCGAUAAUUAAAGUACUUAAUAGAUUUAAAUAAUAAGUAGAAUAUUAAGGUGAUAUUCGUCUUUCGAAUAUUUACAUUUGCAGUUCCUAUUUUUUUUCUUUAAUCAUAUAUUUACGAGUAUGUGAGAGUGAGGGCUAGAUUUCAUUAGAAACCUGCUUUUUGUAAUAAUUGUAGUUUUCUUUUAUGAUAUACUGAGCUGUAUUAUUAAAUAUGUUGCAUUAAUAAGAUUUUCUUAAUAAUUUUUAUUUUUUUAUUUUUUAAAGAAAUAAAAUGAUUGACUAAUU